UCUUCGUUGGCUCUUACAUAAUGUGGGGUUUCACAGGGCACUGAUGUAGAAAUAAAGUCAAACAUUCUUGAGGCAGACUCACAUUACUUGUAUCGCUGGUGCUCGCUUCGCUGUGGGGUGUAGGGCUGCUCUUGGGAGGGUGAUCUGUGGCCCUGUUUGAGUGAAUUGUGGAAGGUGCGCAGGAUGGCUCCAAGCGACACAAGGGAUGAACUUGUUUUCUUUGUGAAUGGGAAAAAGGUGGUGGAGAAAGUUGUGGACCCGGAAACAACUCUGCUAACCUACCUGCGAAGAAAACUGGGCCUAUGUGGAACCAAACUAGGCUGUGGAGAAGGUGGAUGUGGUGCUUGCACUGUAAUGAUAUCCAAGUAUGAUCCCUUUCGGAAGAAAAUCCUCCACCAUACUGCCAAUGCUUGCCUCUUCCCUAUCUGUGCCCUGCAUCAUGUAGCUGUAACUACUGUUGAAGGCAUAGGAAACACAAAAUCCAGGCUGCACCCAGCCCAGGAGAGAAUAGCAAAAAGUCAUGGGUCCCAAUGUGGCUUUUGCACUCCAGGCAUCGUCAUGUCCAUGUACACGUUGCUUCGGAACAAACCUGAGCCCAAAAUGGAGGACAUAGAAGAUGCUUUCCAAGGGAACUUGUGUCGGUGUACGGGAUACAGACCAAUCCUGGAAGGAUACAGGACAUUUGCUAAAGACUUGGAUUGUUGUGGCAGAGUGGCCAAUGGUACUGGAUGCUGUCGUAGUGAGAGGGAAAAUAGCAUGAACGGGGGCUGCUGUGGAGGAAAAGCCAAUGGUCCAGGCUGCUGCAUGAACGGCAAAGAAGACAAUGUGAAAAUGAUGUCCUCCAGCCUGUUCAAUUCUUCUGAGUUCCAGCCAUUGGACCCCACACAGGAGCCAAUCUUCCCACCAGAGUUAAUGACUCAGAGUAACAAACAGCAGAAACAGCUGUGUUUCAAAGGCGAGCGUGUGAUGUGGAUCCAACCUACAACUCUCAAGGAAUUGGUGGCUCUCAAAUCCCAGUACCCCAAUGCCAAGCUCGUUGUGGGGAACACUGAAGUGGGUAUUGAGAUGAGGUUAAAGAACAUGUUGUAUCCGGUGAUAAUAGCACCAGCAUGGAUCUCUGAAAUGAAUGCUGUUCAGCACACUGAAACAGGAAUCACCUUCGGUGCUGCCUGUACCCUGAGCUCAGUAGAGGAGGUGCUGAGAAAAGCAGUGGCAGAGCUUCCUCCUUACAAAACAGAGGUCUUCCAGGCUGUCCUUGAGCAGCUGAGGUGGUUUGCAGGGCCACAGAUCAGGAACGUUGCUGCUCUUGGUGGGAACAUAAUGACAGCAAGCCCCAUUUCUGACUUAAAUCCUGUGUUAAUGGCAAGUGGAAGCAAAUUGACUUUGGUGUCAAGCGAGGGCAAAAGGACUGUCACGAUGGAUGAGAAGUUUUUCACUGGAUACAGAAAGACAAUAGUUAAGCCUGAGGAAAUCCUUCUCUCGGUUGAAAUACCCUAUAGCAAGAAGGGUGAAUACUUCUCAGCUUUCAAGCAGGCUUCCCGUCGGGAGGAUGACAUUGCUAUUGUGACCUGUGGGAUGAGAGUCCUGUUCCAAGAUGGCACUAGCCGAGUGGAGGACAUAAAACUAAGCUAUGGAGGAAUGGCUCCAACAACUGUCCUGGCACUCAAAACCUGCCAGGAGCUUACUGGCAGAGACUGGAAUGAGAAGCUGCUGCAGGAUGCCUGCCGCUUACUGGCAGGUGAGAUGGAUCUGUCCCCUUCUGCGCCUGGUGGGAUGGUGGAUUUCCGACGCACGCUCACGCUCAGCUUCUUUUUCAAGUUCUACCUGACGGUCAUUCAGAAGCUGAGCAGGGACCACAAUGGCACUAACAAACUGUGUGAGCCUGUCCCCUCAAGCUACGUCAGUGCUACAGAGCUGUUUCACAAAGAUCCCAUUGCAAAUGCCCAGCUCUUCCAAGAAGUGCCCCGGGGGCAGGCAGUUGAAGAUAUGGUGGGCCGGCCUUUGAUGCACGUUUCAGCAGCCAAACAAGCAUGUGGAGAAGCUGUUUACUGCGAUGACAUCCCUCACUAUGAGAACGAGCUGUAUCUAACGCUGGUGACCAGCACCAAAGCCCAUGCUAAGAUCCUUUCUGUAGAUGCAUCUGAAGCCCAGAGUGUUCCUGGGUUUGUGUGUUUUGUCUCCGCCAAAGACGUUCCUGGCAGUAACAUCACUGGCAUCGCUAAUGAUGAGACUGUCUUUGCUGAGGAUGUGGUCACUUGUGUUGGUCAUAUCAUUGGUGCAGUCCUUGCAGACACACAAGAACAUUCCAGAAGAGCAGCUAAAGCUGUGAAGAUUAAGUAUGAAGAGCUCAAACCUAUUGUCACGAUUCAGGAAGCUAUUGAGAAACAAUCCUUCCUUAAGGGUAUAAAGAGGAUUAAAAAGGGAGAUGUGAAGAAAGGAUUUGAAGAAUCUGAUCACAUUUUGGAAGGAGAGAUGUACCUUGGUGGGCAGGAGCAUUUCUAUCUGGAAACUCAUGCCACUCUGGCUGUGCCAAAGGGGGAAGAUGGUGAGAUGGAACUCUUUGUGUCAACCCAAAACCUUAUGAAGACACAGGAGUUUGCUGCUAAUGCACUGGGAGUCCCUUCAAAUCGGAUUGUGGUGCGAGUGAAAAGAAUGGGAGGAGGAUUUGGAGGAAAAGAGACUAGGAAUACUAUUUUGACCACUGCAGUGGCUGUUGCAGCCUUCAAAACUGGCCGCCCAGUACGGUGCAUGCUGGAUCGAGACGAGGACAUGCUGAUAAGUGGUGGGAGACAUCCCUUCCUGGGGAGGUACAAGGUUGGCUUCAUGAAGAAUGGGAAAGUCAAGAGUCUAGAGGUUUCAUACUACAGCAAUGGGGGCAACUCUGUAGACCUCUCUUAUGGGGUUAUGGACAGAGCCCUGUUACAUUUGGAUAACUCCUACAACAUCCCCAAUGUCAGCAGCGUGGGCAUUGUUUGCAAGACCAACUUGGCUUCCAACACAGCCUUCCGUGGCUUUGGAGGGCCUCAAGGAAUGAUGAUCGCUGAGUGCUGGAUGAGUGACCUUGCUCGGAAGUGCGGCCUGCCACCUGAGGAGGUGCGGAAGCUCAAUCUUUACAAUGAAGGAGACCUGACUCAUUUUAACCAAAAGCUGGAGGGAUUUACUCUGCGAAGGUGCUGGGAUGAAUGUUUGUCAAGCUCUAGCUAUCAUGCCAGGAAGAAACUAAUUGAAGAAUUCAACAAGCAGAAUCGCUGGAAGAAGAGAGGGAUGUGCAUCAUUCCUACCAAAUUUGGCAUCAGUUUCACUAUCCCAUUUCUGAACCAGGCUGGAGCUCUAGUCCAUGUGUAUACAGAUGGCUCUGUGUUACUUACACAUGGGGGUACUGAGAUGGGUCAAGGACUUCACACCAAAAUGAUUCAGGUUGCUAGCAGAUCACUGGGAAUCCCCACCUCCAAAAUUUACAUCAGUGAGACCAGCACAAACACUGUCCCAAAUACCUCCCCGACAGCUGCAUCUGUCAGUGCAGACAUCAAUGGGAUGGCCGUCCAUAAUGCUUGUCAGACCAUCUUAAAAAGACUUGAGCCUAUCAAACAGUCUAAUCCCAAAGGAUCCUGGGAAGACUGGAUUAAAGCCGCAUACGAGAACUGCGUUAGUCUGUCGGCAACGGGGUUUUAUAGAAUUCCUGACCUUGGCUACGACUUUGAGAAGAAUGAAGGGAAACCGUUCUGCUACUUCAGUUACGGCGUUGCUUGCUCCGAGGUUGAGAUAGAUUGCCUGACAGGUGACCACAAGAACAUUCGCACAGACAUUGUUAUGGAUGUUGGUACCAGUCUGAACCCAGCCAUAGAUAUAGGACAGAUAGAAGGAGCAUUUGUCCAAGGCCUUGGGCUCUUCACCAUGGAGGAGCUGCGCUAUUCUCCUGAAGGGAACUUGUAUACCCGAGGGCCUGGGAUGUACAAAAUCCCAGCGUUUGGAGACAUCCCAACGGAAUUCUAUGUGUCUCUUCUCCGUGACUGUCCAAACAGCAAGGCAGUUUAUUCAUCCAAGGCUGUGGGAGAACCACCUCUGUUCCUGUCUGCCUCGGUGUUCUAUGCCAUUAAAGAUGCCAUCUACUCAGCAAGGAAGGACUCUGGCUUGACUGAACCGUUCAGGCUGGACAGUCCUGCCACCCCAGAGAGGAUCCGCAAUGCUUGUGUGGAUAUCUUCACCAAAAUGUGCCCUUCUGCUGAGCCAGGGACCUUUAAGCCAUGGUCCGUGCGUGUGUAGAAGGCAAGCUUGAGGAGCAAACUCUCCUCCUGAAACUGAGCUGACACCAGAGGGACCACAAGGCAGUAGGACUAUAAUGGGAAAAAUAAAUCUGUGUUCAUGCGGCUCA